GUAGCGGGUUUUCCCCAAAAUCGAGCACGCAAUUUUAUAUAUCUUAUUGAUUUAAUCGGGCGACGCAACUUCAGAUAAUUAUUUUUCUCACUUCCACUGGUGCGUAAAACCUUCUGAUUCUUCACCUUUUUCUGAAGCUGUAACUUAAUCCUUUGAGACGAUCGUCUAAAAUGGCCGCAGCUCCUUCAUCAAAAGACGCGGUGAGACGUCGUGAAGGCAACACGCCAUCUGACAUACCGCAUCUUGAAUAUCAACUCAUCGACAAACACUCCCAGAUAAAGCCAGUCCUCGAUGAAAUCCGUCGAAGUCAGGAUACCAGUCCAUUUCUUGCAGUCGAUCUUGAAGGAGAAUCUCUGAGUCGCAAAGGAGAGCUUUCGAUCGUCUCCAUAGCAACAGAUGACGACAUCUAUUUAUUCGACAUCAAGAAAUUGGGUAGAGAGGUUUUUGAUAAGGGUUUGAAGAGUAUCUUGGAGGACUCGUCUCGAGACAAGAUCAUGUUCGACUGUCGCCAGGACGCGGACUGUCUAUGGCAUCAGUUUCGUGUCAGGCUGGCCAAUGUAUUGGAUCUGCAACUUAUGGAGAUUAUUCAUAAUGAAGAACACCCAGAUCCAGAGUACCCCCAAAAAGAUAAAAUUCCUCGCGUUGGAGGCUUUUUAUACUGUCUCAAGAGAUACGUCCAUGAUGACGCCCUCAUCGACGCAAAGGAGGCAGGCAAAGACAUCAUGUUGGAAGCCGGUAUUUGGAUGAUCCGCCCCAUGAAGGAAGUACUGUUACAGUAUUCAGCUUGUGACGUCAGAGGGUUUUUCCAGCUGUACAGUCAACUGGAAGAUGGUCUUGGCCCCCAUGACAUGAAGCGCCUGCGCAUUGCGUCCAAAGUGUACCUGGACUUAAAGCGAGAGCGUAAGACAAGGAGUUACGAUGAGUACGAAAGCAAUCGGUAUUUACCGAUGUACGUAAUUCCGGCUAAGGGUAGCUUACGGUUGCCCUUUUGCGACACGCAAUGUUUCAGUUGCAAACGGGAUUUCCCGCGAUCAGAUUUCAAAAGAUAUCAUCUGCGAAAUGGUACACAGAAAUGUGCUGUGUGCAUUAACAGAAAAUGGACGCACAUGCGUAUUGGCUCUUUUGCCAGCAGGCUCGCGAUGCCGCAGCUGCCAAGGGGGUUAGUUUAG